AUGGAGUUUGCCAAUUUGCUAAUUAGAACGUCGAUAUAUGCCUUAAAAGUGUUCUUUCGAGGGAAAAGCAGCCCGGCGAGCGAAGAAGCUCCGGGAUUUGAGCAACAGGAAAAGGAAAGCUCGAUGCCAGAGGCUUCGGGGUCUGGGGUCGGGCUGGGAGUGAUGGGAGUGGCCGACGAGCAGGAUUACUCGACCUUCGAAAAUAGAACGGGUCUCGCUGAGGAUAUGAAGUUCCUGGCAAGCAUGCCCGAGCUUUGUGAUGUGACCUUUCUCGUCGGUGACACCAGGGAGCCGGUUUGCGCGGUGAAGGCCGUUCUAGCUGCUCGCAGCAGAGUUUUCCAUAAAAUGCUCUAUCAGGCGCCGAGUCCACAACGCAAAAAAGAACCGCAAAAAGAUAAAUUGAGAUUUUUUCUCAAAAGAAGCUCCGAGCCACUCUUAAAUUUACAGAAUGCUGCUCAACAGCGUUCAGGUUACACCCAGCAGUUGGCACCCAUACAAGAGCCGCAAUCAAAUCAGCAUCAUACACUUAUCAUCGAAGAAUUUGAACCAGAUGUUUUUCGGCAACUUAUUGAGUACAUUCAUACCGGAUCUGUAACACUGCAACCUAGAACUUUAUUAGGAGUAAUGAAUGCAGCUGAUUAUUAUGGAUUAGAUGAAUUAAGAAAAGCUUGUGCUGGAUUUGUACAAUGCUGCAUUACCGUUGAUACUGUUUGUGCACUUUUAGCGUCUGCUGAACGUUACAUUCAGUACAAAUGUACAAAAACACUUGUUCAAAAGGUUCUAGAAUUUGUAGAUGAACAUGGAAAUGAAGUAUUGAAUCUUGGAUCAUUUACACUUUUGCCACAGCAUGUCGUCAGAUUAAUUUUAGCUCGCGAAGAAUUGCGAGCUGAUGAAUUCACUAAAUUUCAGGCAGCAUUAAUGUGGAGUAAAAAAUAUUGCGAUAGUAAUUCAGGUAUACCGUUAACUGAUGUAAUAGGAAAUUUUCUAGAGUACAUACAAUUUCAUAAAAUACCUGCGACAAUGUUAAUGAAAGAGGUUCAUCCACUGGGACUGGUACCUAAUACUACAAUUAUGAAUUCACUGGCUUAUCAGGCAGACCCCUCCAGUGUCGACGUCGGAAAACUUUCUCCCUACAGAGUGAGAAAACACGGUCGCAGUAUGUCUGUGCAAUCAUCAUUGGACCCGUACGGCAGCAACACAACCUUGAGCUCCUGCGGAAGCGACGUUGGAUCGGAUCAGAAGCAAAAUUCGGGUAGCAACUAA